AGGACCACAGAACCAACUUGUGACAGCGGUGCUCCUGAGCAUUUCUGGAGCCGAAGCUCUCCUCACAGAGGGAAGGACAGAGCAGGCAGCAGGCGGCAUGGAGCCCCCCUCGGCCCUUCCCCGAGGAGGGCGUGUUCCCUGGCAGGAGCUCCUGCUGGCAGUCUCACUCCUAACCUUCUGGAACCCUCCCACCACUGCCCAAGUCACUGUUGAAUUGGUGCCACCCAAUGCUGCCGAAGGGAAGGACGUUCUUCUGCGUGUCCACAAUCUGCCUGCCAAUCUUCUAGGCUUUGGCUGGUUCAAAGGGACAACUAUAGAUCCCCAUAGAGAAAUUGUAUCAUAUGCAGCAGACUCACAAGAAAUUACCCCAGGACUUGCACACAGCGGCAGAGAGACGUUAUAUCACAACGGAUCCCUGCUGUUCCAGAACAUCAGCCUGGAGGACACAGGAUACUACACCCUACAAAUCAUAAAGAGGAAUGUUCAUGUUGAAAGAGUAAUUGGACAGCUCCGUGUAUAUCCGGAGUUACCCAAACCCAACAUCAUAAGCAACAACCCGGACCCCGUGGAGAACGUGGAUUCUGUAGUAUUAACGUGUGAACCUCAGACUCAGAACACAAGCUACCUGUGGUCAGUAAACAGUAAGAGCCUCCCGGACAGCGCCAGGCUGGAGCUGUCCCUGAACAACAGGACUCUCACUUUACAUGGUGUCACAAGGAAUGACACAGGACCUUAUGAGUGUGAAACCUGGAACCCAGUCAGUGCCGGUCAUAGUGACCCAUUCACCCUGAAUGUUCUCUAUGGCCCGGAUGCCCCCACCAUUUCUCCCUCAGACUCCUAUUACCGUCCAGGGGCAAACCUCAGUCUCUCCUGCCACUCAGCCUCUAACCCGCCUGCACAGUAUUCUUGGCUUAUCAAUGGGAGCCCCCAGCCAUCCUCACAGGAGCUCUUUAUCCCUAACAUCACUGUGAAUGAUAGUGGAUCCUAUACCUGCCUCGUCUAUAACCCUGGCACUCGCCUCAGUAAGACCACAGUCAAGACUAUCACAGUCUCUGAGCCAGUGUCCCAGCCCUCCAUCAACAUCAGCAACACCACAGCCACAGAACAUAAGGACUCUGUGGUCCUGACCUGCUCCACAAAUAACAAAAAGGUCUCCAUCCGGUGGUUCUUCAAUGGCCGGAGUGUAAACCUCACAAAGAGGAUGAAGCUGUCCCAGGACAACAGGGCCCUCACCAUAAGCCCUGUCAGGGUGGAGGAUGCUGGGAAUUAUCAGUGUGAAGUCUCCAACCCAGUCAGUUCCAGCAAAAGUGACCCCGUCAGGCUGGCUGUGAGCUGGCCAGUGGCCAACGUAAUCACAGAGAGAUGGGGCACCCAGCCUGCACCUCUGGUCAUGGUCCAGUCAGCAGCUCCACAUCCCCGAACGCCCUACCCAGCCCGGGGACAGCCAUUCCCAUCUACCAGGAGUUACAACACCCUGACAGGAACAUUUACUGCCAGAUCAACCACAAAGGACAAGUGUCUUCUUAGUUUCCCCUUCCCCUGGGAGCUACUCCUUCCAGGGGCCUUCCUGAGACCCCAGACCCUGGGUGGGGUCAGGUGCCGCCGCCUGAGCCAGAGAACCAGCUCUGAGCCCAGAGGAUAUUCAGGGACAUGGACCCAGGGUCCGGGCCUUCCUGAUUUCUGGAAGCCCUGACAGGCUGCCACAAACCCCGGAUGGGCCAGGACAAAGGCCCCCAUGUCCCAGGAAGUGGGGUUUCCCAGGGAAAGUGUCCUGGGCCCUGACCCACCAGGGACAACAUGAGGGGAUCUGAUUAAACAGGACUCUUCCCCCUCCUUGGCCCUUUUUUGGUGAAUGGUGAUUUCUCUGAGCAGACAUUCACCUGAACCUCUGGGGCCCUUCUCUCCUGGGUCACACAGGGAAAUGUUCCCUCUGAGUUCACCAAGCCCCCACCUUAGUCCCCUGAGAUAGAGGAGGGGCGAGGGGUGUUGACAUGCUGGGACCACGUUAACUAGAAAAGGAGAGAUCACCAGAGCUGUGGCCAAACUAUGACAGCACUCAGCGGUCCUCACCCUGCUCAGGGACCAAGGCUGGAGACACCUCCAGUGUUUGCAAAUGUGCACGGGGUUCUCAGGAGCACAGAACAUGGGGCCUCUGAUGACCUCAGGAGGAUGAGCUUGGAAGGAGCAGCUAUAGUCAGGCACACAUCCCAGGUGGGACCCCUUCAUAGCCUUUUGGUGUCCUGAGCCCUUUGGUCCUCCUCACCCAUCCCCAGUGGCCCUGACUGGUGUCCUUCACCAAUAAACUUGCCCUGUCCCCAAAUCCAGGAUCCAGGGCACUGAGA